GAGUCGCAGGUAGAAUUUUCCAUCCAUAAAUAAUCCUUAAAUUCAUUUUUGAUAAUUAUUCUAAUUUUGCGAGAAGGCCAGAGAGAAAUGACGGGACCAACACCAAUUACAGCCGUGUCUUUACUCUCUCCACCUGCAGCACCCAUCUCUUCUCGAUCACUAUCCUCUCUUCCUUCUACCGUACACACUACUGGUAGAACAGGCAAUCACUGCACGAAACCGGCGACGACGACGAAUAUGAAGUCUUCUACUCCUUGGUGUUCUUCUAUGAAUGUUACUUCCUUAGCAGUUUCGGCUGCAGUUUCACCCGGCAUUACUGCUCCCCAACACCUCAACAUCCGAAGAAGAAAAAGGACGAUUUCUUGUGAGAUCUCUCUCGAAUCAGAUUCCACAACGGUGACAAGAGCAUCAUCUGAGGAGGCUAAGAUCGGUGCCAGGGUUAGGGUUAAGGUGCCAUUGAAGGUGCACCAUGUUCCCAGGCUGCCGGAGGUGGAUUUGACUGGUAUGGAAGGUGAGCUCAAGCAGUAUGUUGGACUUUGGAAGGGUAGGAGAAUAUCCGCGAAUCUGCCUUACAAGGUUGAGUUCCUUACCGAAAUCCAAGGCCGCGGCCCUGUCAAGUUCUUUGCCCAUCUCAAGGAAGACGAGUUCGAAUACCUCUAAAACACAAAUUUUAUGGUAUUGUCAUGAAUGUAAGUGUUGAUAUUCGAGAUAGAGGCCAAAGUACUUGAUGAAAAAAAGCGGUGGGAUCUCCACAUGGUUGCUGUUAUUUGGGCACAAAACUCAAGCCUAGUGCUUUGACAGGUAAAUUAACAAAUUGAAGACUACUUUGUCACAAGAGUAUUAAUUUCUAUAGUGGUACUCUGAUUGUAGUUGGGUAUGAUGUAAGUAAGUUUUUUUUUUACCCUUUUGGUGGUAGAAAGUAUUUGAUUAAAUGGUUAUUAGUUUUUUUUCCUUCUA